AUGAGCCAGCCCAGGCCCCGCUACGUGGUAGACAGAGCUGCGUACUCCCUCGCCCUCUUCGAUGAUGAGUUUGAGAAGAAGGACCGCACCUACCCAGUGGGACAGAAACUUCGCAACACUUUCAGGUGCUCCUCCGCCAAGUUCAAAGCCAUUGUGUUUGGGCUGCUGCCUGUGCUCUCCUGGCUUCCCAAGUACAAGAUCAAAGAUUACAUCAUCCCUGACUUGUUGGGUGGACUCAGUGGGGGGUGCAUCCAGGUGCCACAAGGCAUGGCGUUUGCCUUGUUGGCCAACCUUCCUGCUGUCAAUGGUCUCUACUCUUCCUUCUUCCCCCUACUGACCUACUUCUUCUUUGGGGGUAUACACCAGAUGGUGCCAGGUACCUUUGCCGUUAUCAGCAUCCUGGUGGGUAACAUCUGCCUGCAGCUGGCCCCAGAGUCGAAAUUCCAGAUCUUCGACAACGUCACCAAUGAGACCUCUGUGGACACAGCAGCCAUGGAGGCAGAAAGGCUGCAUGUGUCUGCGACACUUGCCUGCCUGACUGCUGUCAUCCAGAUGGCCUUGGGCUUCGUGCAGUUUGGCUUUGUGGCCAUCUACCUCUCGGAAUCCUUUAUCCGGGGCUUCAUGACAGCUGCUGGCCUGCAGAUUCUGAUCUCUGUGCUCAAGUACAUCUUCGGUCUGACCAUCCCCUCCUAUACAGGCCCCGGCUCCAUCGUCUUUACCUUCAUUGACAUUUGCAAAAACCUCCCCCACACCAACAUCGCCUCGCUCAUCUUUGCCCUGGUCAGCGGUGUCUUCCUGGUGCUGGUGAAAGAACUCAACACUCGGUACAUGCACAAGAUCCGCUUCCCCAUCCCUACGGAGAUGAUUGUGGUGGUAGUUGCGACAGCUAUCUCUGGGAGCUGCAAGAUGCCAAAAAAAUAUCACAUGCAGAUUGUGGGGGAGAUCCGACAAGGGUUUCCAACUCCAGUGGCUCCGAUGGUUUCGCAGUGGAAGGACAUGGUGGGCACAGCCUUCUCUCUGGCAAUUGUGGGCUAUGUCAUCAAUCUGGCUAUGGGCCGGACCCUGGCCAGCAAGCAUGGCUAUGACGUGGAUUCCAACCAGGAGAUGAUUGCCCUGGGCUGUAGCAACUUCUUCGGCUCCUUUUUCAAGAUCCACGUCAUCUGCUGCGCUCUCUCUGUCACGCUGGCUGUGGAUGGGGCUGGAGGGAAGUCCCAGGUAGCAAGCUUGUGUGUGUCUCUGGUGGUGAUGAUCACCAUGCUCGUCCUGGGAUCCUAUCUGUACCCUCUCCCCAAGGCUGUGCUAGGUGCCCUGAUCGCUGUCAACCUCAAGAACUCCCUCAAGCAACUCGCCGACCCCUACUACCUCUGGAGGAAGAGUAAACUGGACUGCUGUGUCUGGGUGGUGAGCUUCCUCUCCUCGUUCUUCCUGAGCCUGCCCUACGGUGUCGCAGUGGGUGUGGCCUUCUCCAUCCUGGUUGUGAUCUUCCAGACCCAGUUUCGAAAUGGCUCCACGCUGGCCCAGGUCAUGGACACGGACAUCUAUGUGAACCCCAAGACCUACAACAGGGUCCAGGAAAUUGAGGGAGUGAAGAUUGUCACUUACUGCUCCCCUCUCUACUUUGCCAACUCAGAGAUCUUCAGGCAAAAAGUCAUCGCGAAGACAGGUACGGACCCCCAGAAAGUGUUGCUCGCCAAGCAGAAAUAUCUCCGGAAGCAGGAGAAGAGGACAGCGAUGCCCACACAGCAGAGAAAGUCCCUCUUCAUGAAAACCAAGACGGUCUCUCUACAGGAACUCCAACAGGACUUUGAAAGCGCUCCCUCUACUGACCCCAACAACAACCAAGCUCCUGCCUCCGAUGCUCACGAUGCUCACGUUUCCUACAUCACCUUCAGUCCAGACUCCUCCUCCUCCGCAGCCCCGUGCGAGCUGCCUGCCUCUACUCAGCCCCCCACGGAGGCUAGGGACACUCUAGCCAGCGUGCCACCCUUUGUCACCUUUCACACUCUCAUCCUCGACAUGAGUGGAAUCAGCUUUGUGGACCUGAUGGGCAUCAAGGCUCUAGCCAAGCUAAGCUCCACCUAUGAGAAGAUCGGUGUCCAGAUCUUCCUGGUGAACAUCCAUGCCCAGGUGUACAAUGACAUCAGUCACGGAGGUGUCUUUGAAGAUGGGUGUGUACAGCGCAAUCACGUGUUCCCCAGCAUCCACGACGCAGUCCUCUUUGCCCAGGCAAAUGCGAGAGAAGCCCCAGCCCGCAACUUCCGAGGGGCUCCAGGAGACACUGAGUUCUCCUUGUAUGACUCAGAAGAGGAAGGUCCCAGCUAUUGGGACUUAGAACAGGAGAUGUUCGGGACCAUGUUUCACACAGAGACCCUGACUGCCCUGUGAGGACCCAUUCGGUUCCCAUAUUUUCUCCAGAGUGCCUGGCAUCUGGGAUUUCCACGGAUGAUAAACUUGGGAUCGCAGAAGUGACUGUGAGAAAAGGAUGUCCACCAGGAUGCUAGAGCCUCUCUCAACUCUUUGUUCUCUCUCCCACCUUUCCGUCUCUCCCUGUCUCCCUGGGAGAGAGGCAUCUCAGCCUGUGCAGCUGGAUGAGCCUGCCCUGACAAGGACGAGACUCUGGGGAACACAUCUCAUCACCUCCUCCUUCCCACUCAAGCCUGGGCCAGCUAUAAGCUCCUCCCACCCACCAGCGCAAGCCCCGCCCAUGGCAGCUGACGGACACCUCGACUUCCAGCCUUAAGAGUGAGCUAAGAACAGAAUGAUAAGAAACAGCAACUGCGCUGAGCACUGGGAUGCAGUUCGAAUGGCUCUGUGUCCUGAGUGACUAGGGGAAGGUUCCAGGCUGCCGUGGGACACAGGGAUGAACGGGUUAGAAUGUCGAGGCUUGUCCCUCCAGAUGCUUAUUCCAGUUGUUAGC